AUAAAUCGUUUCUUCCGCCUCAUAUGCCCACGACAGAGUUGAUUGCGGAAAACCCGGGGCCGGGAUCCAUCCUUGAAUCAAUGAAGAUUGAAGGCCGUCGUCGCGGAUGCUUUGGCCAUCCGCGUAAGUUACAAUUUCAUUUUAAGUAGUUUAAAACACGUCCAGCCAGCGAAGGAUGGACUAAGACAGAUCGUGAAAGCGGGCUCGGUCCAGCCCUUUCAACAAUGGGCUGAACAGUAAGCUCUAGGACAAUGCAAGAAGUCCUGCUAGCCACGCUAAGGAUACAGCAGCUCUUCAUCGAGGCGCAGUCUUCAUGCAGUACCAAGACUGCCAACCUCCUCGAGGCUGCUCGGGCAGCCGAGUUGAGCCUCAGGUCUCUAGCAACACUUUGCAGCCGCUGUGGCGAUGGUAGCGCAUGGCUUCUUUCGGAGCAGCAUGAACUCCUCGCGGUCCUCGCCAUAAUUCUGGCCUCGCGGGCCAGUGCCUGCGGCCCCCAGCCUCAGUCCCUAACAGAUGCAGUCCUGCUCACGGCCCGCUACGCUGCCCCACGGCCGAAUAGUGUCAGCCUCCAUACAGAUAUUACGUGUGCCUUGGCACGGCUAGUAGCAGCAAGGGACGGAAGCGCAGUCCACACUGCUGCGGCAGCGGCGCUGGUAGCUGAGUGGGCCUCGCUCUCACCGGUUUGGGCAGCGCAGGCCCGGUCCUGUGGAAUGAUUUCGGCUAUCUGCCAGUCGAUCCUGGCUCGCCGCCAGCGUAACCAGGGCCCGGCGCCUCUGCCCGGCGUGCAGCUCCACCUGCUGCGGGCGCUGCUGGGCUUGCUGCGCCGGGACGCAGGCGCGCCGGAGGCGCCCGCCGGCCUGGCGCAGCGGGACGCGGCCACCGCCGCAGCAAGCAUUACGGAGGUGCUGCUGUGCUCGGCAGCGGCCGCUGCCCGUGCGGGAGAAGGCGCCGAUGGCACCUUGGCCUGGGGCGGCGCGGCGGCCACGCCGCUGGCCGCGAGCAGAGCGUCCGCUGCUGCGGCUGUGGGCAUCACGAGCAGUACCGAGGAGCUGGUGCUUGCGCUCUCGUGUGCUGCCGCGCUGGCGGCAUGCCAGGCGCAGGCGCACAUGGGGUGGGCGGACUCGCCGCGUGACUUGCCGCCGGUGGAUGCGCUGGGUGUUGUAGCAGCGUGCGGCGUUGACGUGCCAGACAGGAGCAGCAGAAGCAGCGGCUGCCAACCGCCGGUGGUGCUGCCGCUCGUGCCGCUACUUGGGGCUAUAGCUGCGAGUUACCUGGAAGCGGCAGAGGCCGCUCUGCGGCGGCUCAAUCGCCGGCUAUCGCGACCCUUCACCGCACAGCAGCAGCACCAGCACGACCGCCAUGUUUGCAAGCCCAGCGUACAGGCAAGCUCUGAACCAAGUGGGGAUGGUGGCGGUGGCACAUGCUCCAGCAGCGGGUGUGGCAGCAGCAUGUGCUCCGGUGGCGCCAGCACGUGGAGUAGCAGCUCUGAGGGCAGUAGCAGCGCACCAAACGACUAUGCGGAUUGUCGCAAGGGCGGCCAUUCGGCGGCUGCUGGCGGUGCAUGGAAAGUCGCGCAUGCAAGGCCAUGGCCAGGCGAGGUGGGUGGCCAGCAGCCAUCACUGCUGCAGGUAACACGGCAGGCGGAGCAGCUGGCGGCAGUGGAGAUGGCCAGCUGCAGGUCGGCGGCGGCGCGGCUGUGCGGGCGGCGGUGGGCAGGCCCAGCUCUCGCAGCCGGCAUGCGGCCGGGGUUUGGGGAGCUGGCUAUCGUGGCGAAUGAGGUGGAGGCAGCAGCAUUCUGUGAGGGGGCAUUGGUUGCCUUGACUGCUGCCGCGGCUGACACCAGAUGCGGGUCUUUCCUAGUGGGCGGCAUCAACUAUUGACAAACGUGCGGUACAGCCCAUUGCCCAAAACGACCGGUGGCCUCAGUAUGUCCCCGGUCCCCCUGGCCGGUGGCCGGUCAGAUAUUGCCAGCUGGCUUUCAUGAGGGUCGUGGCCACGCGCAGGUGCCAUCAGGCCAUCCUCGGCUGUGACGCCCUGCUGGUCGGGGCGAUGCGGGGCUGUUGCAGCCACCGCAUCAGCCAUCCAGCCUCAGCAGCGGAAGCGGAGGCGGCAGUAGCAGCGUGGCCCACUCUGCAGUGGCGCUGCUGCACAAUCUUGCCGCGCCCCCCAGCGAGACGCACCGGCUUCACUUGAGGCGGACGGGGAUCUUGGGGCCGCUGCUGGCAUACCUAGGCUCGGCGCUGUCGCCUGAUGCGACGGCAUCGCCGGCCCAACUUCCCGCGGACCUGGCCGCGGUGGAGAUGGCGCUGCGGGUAGUGGGCCGGCUGUCAGGGAGCACUGGCCACAGUGGCGGCGGCACCGUGGAAGACGGCGCGGGUGCACGUGAACUGCAGUGCCCGCACCUGCGCGCCGCCGCCAAGCUGUCCAGCCUGCAGCGCCGGCUCCAGUCUCUGCAAGUGCGGCCUACAGAUCUACCCCCCACCGCCACCGCCUCCUCGUCCCACCAGUGGGAUGAACCGCAAGCUUGCGGCCACGCAGGUGCGAAGUCCCGCGCCAGCCAGCAGCGGCGGACGUGCCUGGCGCUCAUAGACGACCUGCUCCGGCGGGUGCGCGGCGGGUCCACGCGCGUCGGUUUGGAAGGCACGCUGUGUGGCAGGUGCACGGCGAUGGCGCCACGAGAGAGCAGGGUGCCUCAGCUGAGUGCGUGGGAAGGCAAACCAGCAUGGUGGCAGCAGGAGGACUGUGACGCCCAUCACUCCUGCACUAGCGUCCAGGCUGCUGCCACCCCGGAGGCGGUGGCAGUGGGAGCCGGCACGGCCUCUGACGGCAUGACGUUCCAGAGCGACCUGCUGGUGGGCGGGCGGCCGGUGCAGGUGCUGAGUGUGGUCCAGCGUCACGAGGACCGGGCGUCGGACGGCAGUGUGCACGUGCGGUACACGUUUGAGGACCGGGUGGUGCCCGGUCCGGUCUGCAGGCCUGCCAGGUGAACGGCCGCUGGCUACGACUUGGAUGGUUGCGGUGCUGGGUGUCGGCAGAUGUAUGCGACCGGCACCGGCCCAGUUUUGCUCAGCCAGCUGUGUGGGCGUGGGAGAAGCUGGUCCCGCUGCAGUGGGCCUUCGCCCGUAACUGGCAGAAAUGAAGGCCCCAGGUUUGGGCGCUAGGUGAACCAGCCACGACGGGAGUGUAGAACACUGAGGAU